UCUCUCUCUCUGUUACUCUAUCCAUCUCUAUCUCUGGCACUGACCAACCAGCUCUCUAGGGCUAAGGAGGAGAAGAGACAGACUGCAAGUGAUUGACAGACAGAAGGACAGACAGACAGAGUGACUGGUCCUCGGUGGGGACCUGGAAAAGUUGAGGACAUUUCUGUAGUGGAUGACGGCUGAGAGAGAGAGAGAGGGGUCCUGUUUAAAGAGUCGGCUCUGACAGCAGUGUUUCCAUGGCUCUGGAUGGUUAACAAUCUCUCCACAAACUGAGGGAAUCCCAUGACCGAGAGGUCCAAAAAUGGCAAGAGAAAUUGCAGGAGCUAACCAAUAAAAAGGGCUGUAGUGAUACAAAGAGAAUGGAGGAGCUGUUCAACAGGAACCAACAGCUGAGAGAACAGCAGAGGUUACUCACAGACAACAUCAAACAGCUGGAAAACAGGUUGAGGGCUGGGCUGUGUGACAGGUGUACUGUGACUCAGGAUGUGGCCAAGCGCCGGCAGCAGGAGUAUGAGACCUCUCAGAUCCAGAGCCUACAGCACAUCUCCAUCCUGGCUGGAGAGAUGAACACGAUGAAAAAGGAGAACCAAAGGCUGCGAGAAGAAGUCAGGCGUCUGAGAGCGGCACUAGAAGGUCAGAGUGGACAUUCCUCCUCCCAAGAUGCAACUCCAGAGGUCAGACAGUCGGCUGACCUUUCACCUUCUGCUACGCCACACCGCCUCACAGCCAUCAGGUCUAUUAACCAGCCACCAGAGGGCGCCACUGCAGGGCUGUCCAUAGUGAAGACUGAGACAGACCACAGUCUCUCUUUUAGAGUUGACGAGACACUACCUGAACGCAGAGAUGUGAGGGGAUUGAAUGGGAAACAAUCCUAUGAAUCCCAUAAGCCCCUAUCCAUGUCCACUACCAUCCCACAAGCAUUGAGGCCAGAGCACAUUACAGCCAGAGGCAACACUGGGCAGAAGAGAGACCAUAGCGUGGAGAUGGUUGGUCAGCAGCGUUCCCCUGUCGCUCCCACCAUUCCACACCCCCUACUUGUCCAGAAAGACAGGCCUCUCCCCUCUUCAUCCUCCUUCUCAUCCUCCUUCUCCACCUCUUCCUCUCUACCUGGAGAUGAGAAGCACAGUCGUCACCUGGUUCACGCUCCGGUCCCUUACUGGCCGCGCCCCAUCAAAAGUGCCCGUCUCUCCCUCCCCUGGCCCCUGCCGGAGCACUCUGACUGGGUCACCGUGGCCACCUCUGUGGACGACGGCUUGGUGUCCCAAUCCAAACAUAACCCUAACCUACCACGCUUCCCCAAUCUACAGACCUACGUCCAGCAGAACAGCAGCCUUGGGAAGGCCUGGCUCAAGCCCAGCCACCCUCCCCAGGCCAGCCUGACCAGGAGUCUGUCCACUGAGCACGGGGAGAGACCAACAGCAUGGGUACAGGAGCGUGACAGGCGGGUGGCGCCACACUCGUGGAGGGAGGCGGUGGUGCAGACAGAGAUGGUGUUUGGGGAGAAUCUGAAAGAGGCUGACUCUCCUCUGGACCUGUCUGAUCCUGGGAGAUCCAAAAGCAUUAAGUCACCACAGGACAGCAAGGCCAGCCCCACGCUACAGGACAUGUACAUAGAAGGGGAGACAUCUAACAGGACCACCAGGACAGACUCCUCGCCACAGAGCCAGGCCUGUCCCCCCUCUUCCUCAUCCUCUUCUUCCUCCACACCUGCUCUUCCUUCAUCCUCCUCUUCUACACGUCCCACCAGCCAACAGAGGCAAAGCCCCAACAACCACAACCUUAAGGAGGAAGAGCAGCCAGAGAAGGAGGAAGCUGAGGGGAAAGUAGAUCAAGAAGACAGGAAAGGACUCUGAGGACAGGAAGUCCCUGUUCUGACCAUCUCAUUGCGCCCAGUGGUGCUCCUUGAGGCUCUGAAUUCUGGAUGCAGAAGCAACUUUUCUCCAACGGCAAGGCAAGC